AAGAGUUGUGAAGAAACGUAGGGUGUCGGAAGAUGAAGAAGUGGUCAUCGGUAACGACGAGGGUGGAAACGCCAUGUUGUUAACACCUCCGAUGUCGUCUCAGCGACAAGGUGGAAAUAGUGCUCAAGCCAGGUUUAGCUCCAGCGAACCAAUUACGAGACACACUGGGAACGGACUUGGCAGUUCGCAGUCCAUGGCAAAUAAGAACGCGGAUAAUACUUUCCGCGAUCGAAGUGAUGCUCUUCGACCUUCGUCGCAGUCACAAGACACGAAUGCCCCCGGCAACACCGACCUAACACAGGAUACCCUGAUAGCCAGCAUCAAAGCUUUGAUACCCCGAGCUGAAACGAUGGAGAGGCUUCUUCGAGCGAACCACCGAAGUGAGCAGGUCAAGCUGAAGACCAUAGCUAAUCAGCAAGGGGAAAUCAAGCAGUUGCAGAAGAAAAUCGACCUGCAAUCUCAAGAGAUCACCCGGCUCAAGGUGUUAUUAGAGGCUAAAGACCAACAAAUAGCAAAGUCCUAUGAUGAGAAAGAGAAAUUGAGAGAUACCAUCCGUAUUCGUGAGGAGGCCAUUGGAGCUCUGAACGCGCGCCGCGCGUUAUAAAUAUGCGCAUCGAUUUUGAUGCGAUCUAGCGUUGUCCCGUGCUCACCAUUAUCUAUCCUCGGUGAAAUAAUGGGAUAUUCACUAAGCAAAUCUUUGCGGAGGAAUAACCCCUUGUGUGUGGGGUAUUGGAGCAGGGGCGAUAGAGAUGCCAUUUACAUUUGACAUUCCAUUUCUCGUCUUGUGUUGUGAUUGGACCGUGUAAUUGCAGUGUUAGAGAUACCUCGAACAAUGUAUGUAGCUAAACGCGCAAGCUCUAAUAGGGCCGUUUCGUACUUGUACUCACUAAUGAAGUUCACCUUUCUAUGAUACACU